UAAUAAACAUAUGACGUCACGAAACUGAUCAGCUGAUGUUUCAUUAGUGAAAUUGAUGCGCAAGAAUUCGCUGCUCGAUUUUUUGCUGCUGAUUUUGAACAAUUAUCGAACAAACGUGCACUCUAGUGUGUUUUGUUGAAUGCGAAGUGAAAGAAAGUUAUAUCUACUAUAGUUUGAAAUAUGGAUUCCGAUAAUAAUGAUCGAAAGCCAGAAUGGGCGAAAUGGUCAAACGCUGGUUUGACAAAUGAGGCUGAUGACGAGGAAGUGGGCUGGUAUUCGCCGUAUGAAAUGUACGUCGAUCUAGAUGAGGAAACUAAAGAAGUUUCGGAGAAGUUUAAGACGACGUUGGGUCGCUGGGAGAAGCAAAAAGCCAAGGGUGAUGGCAAAAAUAAAAACGUGGUGCCAGAAGGUCCUUACGACAUGUAUGUCGAUCUCGACGAGGGAACACAAAACGUUUCAGAAGAGUUUAAAGCGAGGUGGGAACAGUGGAAAGGGGAAGAAGAAGAAGCUGAGAACAGUCAAACAGACGAACAGCUUGCUGGUCCUUCUUGUAGCUUUCCUCACACAGAGGAAGGACAGCGAGCACGCAGGCAACAUGAGAGACGACGCAAGGAGCUUUUUACAAUGUGGGAAGGCCGUGGGUAAUAACUUGGAGGAAUUCAAUCAAUUUUCCUGGUUCCUGUUUGUCCUGUUAUAUUUUUGUCUGUUUGGAUACAAUCUGGAUUCC